AGGAAGUGGAGACGUCGUUGAAUAGCGGGGAAAUGGAGACCUGAAGGCUUGCUAGAGCCCCAGAGGAAAGAGGCGAGCGUGCGACUCUGGGCGCCUCUCACCUUCCCCGCGCCUCGCCCAAGACGGCGCUUUCUCGCCUGGGCGCGCUCUGAGCCGCUGUUGCCUCAGGCCGGGCUUCUGUGGACGGUAGCGAUAGCCGCCGCCGCCGCCGCCUGCCCGCUCCAUUAAACGGGCAGAGGAAGGAGGAAAAGAAGGAGGGCAGCGGCAGCACGCAGCAAGUAGCCGCGGCAGCAGCGCUUCUCCCUCGGCCGGAGGCACCUUCCCGAGAUCUCGGAACCUUCCUGCUUCGCCCUGCCUGUCGGAGGGCCUGCGAGAAAGGGCUGCACCCAAUUGCCGCCGCUCGCCCGGACCCGAGCCCGAGCCCAGCCGCCCCGACCUGACCCGUGCGAGCCUUUGGCGUGGGGAAGUUUCUUGAUGGCUGCUGAGAGGUUUCUUUGGCUUUCCAACCCCGCUGCCACCGUUUGCAAGGCUUGAAAAAGAAUAUUAAUAAUAAUAAUAAUAAUAAUCCCAAAUAUAUGUGAAAUACUAAAGACUUCGCCCUCUUCAGAGUUCCCGGCACCCAAAAGACUGAAUGAGUGUCCUCUAGAGUGAUCACACGCGUAUAAACACACAUUCAUACACACACACACACAGAGACACGCUUCAUUUCUGAGUAGGUGCCAGAAUCUUCUUUUCUGCUUACUGGUGAAGGGUUCGUUUUCUUCCUACUUCUUCCCAUCUGCAACGAACAAGUGGAAGACGAGAUGCAGACCUUUUUGAAAGGGAAACGGGUUGGUUAUUGGCUGAGCGAGAAGAAAAUCAAGAAGCUGAAUUUCCAAGCCUUUGCAGAGCUUUGCAGAAAAAGAGGGAUAGAAGUCGUACAGCUUGACCUUACCAAACCAAUAGAAGAUCAGGGCCCAUUAGAUGUCAUCAUUCAUAAACUGACAGAUGUCAUCAUUGAAGCUGACCAAAAUGACAGCCAGUCACUGGAGUUGGUUCACAGGUUCCAGGAGUAUAUUGAUGCUCAUCCUGAAACUAUCAUUCUGGACCCGCUUCCUGCUAUUAGGACACUGCUGGACCGAUCAAAGUCUUACGAGCUUAUUAGAAAAAUAGAGACCUUCAUGCAAGAUGAGAGGAUUUGUUCACCACCAUUUAUGGAGUUGACAAAUGCAUGUGGAGAAGACACUUUACAGCAAAUAAAGAACAAUGGAAUUGCAUUCCCGUUCAUUUGUAAGACAAGAGUGGCCCAUGGAACCAACUCUCAUGAGAUGGCUAUCAUAUUCAACCAGGAAGGCCUGAAAGCCAUCCAGCCCCCAUGUGUGAUUCAGAGCUUCAUCAACCACAAUGCAGUUCUCUACAAAGUCUUUGUGGUUGGAGAGUCGUACACUGUGGUGAAAAGACCAUCUGUAAAGAACUUCUCAGCAGGCAUUUCAGAUAGAGAAUCAAUAUUUUUCAACAGCCACAAUGUAUCAAAGCCAGAAUCCUCCUCCGUCCUAACAGCACUUGAUAAAAUAGAGGGCGUGUUUGAGAGACCCAGUGAUGAUGUCAUCCGUGCCAUCUCGAAGACGCUGAGGCAGGCCCUGGGGGUUUCUCUGUUUGGGAUCGACAUCAUCAUCAACAAUCGGACAGGACAGCAUGCCGUCAUUGACAUCAAUGCAUUCCCAGGUUAUGAGGGCGUCUCUGAAUUCUUCACAGACCUCCUGAACCACAUAGCCACCGUCCUGCAGGGACAAGCUCCAGAGGUGUCCCAGCUAAACCAUAGCAAGCACCUGGCCGAGCAGACCGGCUGCCUGGUGGGCGAGCGGACAUGCUGUGCGAACACCGGCUGCCGGAGCAUGGUGAGCAAAGACCCCUGGAUUGUGGACAGUGAGACCAACAGCUCCAUGAAGCUUCAGCACCAGAGACUAGGCUGUAACUCUGCAGUGUCUCCUAGCUUUCAGCAACACUGUGUUGCCACGUUGGCAACUAAAGCUUCCUCUCAAUAACCCAAUCAGUGCCAUGGACUGAGGAGAAAAAAAUGUAGUCCCCAUGAUCAGAGCAGGCUGGUUGGUAAUGCAGCUACUAAACAAAUAAACAAAAAUCUAUAUUGGCGCAACAUGAUUUCAGAAACAAAAUUAGUGAUCUGGGUGGGUCCACUUCAUCAGAUUCCUAUUGUAGAUCUGUAGUGAGUUUACACGUGUGUGUGUGUGUCUGUGUGUGCAUGUGUCUUAAACACUAGACCUAAUGUAGGAGGAUGGGUUUUGUGUCCCUCCCUCAUUUUCUCCUCCUCUUUAUAAUAAUUAAAAAACAGAAUUGUAAGAAUUCACAGAAUUGAUAAGGAAUGUGUUGAAAAUUUGCACACUUGAACUCAAUAGUCCUGCUUGGCAUUUUCCAGCACUCUCCAAAGGGUAAACAAGAGUGCCCACAGCACAAAAUACAAAUCAGUUCAUUGUGCAAUGGAAGGUUCCAAGGGAAAACCUGCAUGUCCAGAAUCAGCAUUCUUUUCUUGGAUUGAGUGGGCACUCAUAUUUGGACCAGCUUCAAACUGUUUUCUUUGUCCCCAAAGAAACGCAUGACUUGGCUACUCAUCUAUCACUGUGAAAAACUGAGUCUAUUACCUGGUUAAAUUUCUUAAUGGAAGUAUGUUGAAACAAUAUUGCCAUUCUUCUUGUCUUGGGAGAUUUUUUUACUAGCCUUUCUUCUGUUGCUUAGCUGAUCUGGAACAGCAGGGGCCAGUUAUCUGUGACUGCUACUCCCCGUUACUCAUUUUGCUCAAUAGUGAGCAGAAAUUUGUACAAGAAAGUAAAUGUGUGGCUAUACAUAUUACACUACUGCCUCUACUGCUCUUUGGGACUGGUUUUCUGGGGUAAUUUCACAAGGGUAAUGUGGUAAUUAACCUGUAACUUCUUUCACGGUCUGGUCAAAAUUUCAGAGCCAGUAGCACAUGAAAAGUGCACCUUAGCCCUAUUUCUUUUCAGCACAGUACAGCAUCAUCAUUCUACAGCUUUGAACUGCUCCAGACUUUGAGAAGGAGUUUAUUAGUGAGUUUGUGAGUCCUUCUCUUUGGGACAUUCCCUAAAAUGUUUAAGGAAAUACUGUUUCAAUCUUACGUUUGUGUUCCAGCAGAGUGAUGGAAUUUUGUCAUGAGUUUGAGAUGUCUGGGCUGGUUCAUGCAUUGCUAGAACAAGCCUUCUGCGUGAAUGGUGAGGGAGUGUGAACACAUACAAUCAUGAGUGUGAUGAGGGUUGCACACAUGACCUUUCCCCCAUUUGGGGAGUAUGGGGGAGGUUGGCAGUGUUGAUUAUAUGUACAUACAGGCAAUGCCACGUAUGACUUUGUAGGGUUGAAAAGGAAGCAUGAGUGGUCACCAGACUUAUUCCUGGAAAGUAGGAACUGGCCUUAACGUAUCAUUCCCCACUGAUGCCAAGUAUUUUUACAUCUGCAAUAGGGAAAGUUAAGAUGGGAACAUGUGGGGAUAUUUUGAGGCAGAGAGUAGAGAAGGUGAAUGAGCAGAAACAUUUCCGAGACAGUGAGAGAGUGUUUCAUCCGCAGGGAUGUAUAUGGGGGAAAGGCUAUAAGUAGUGCUUUGGCACAGAGGGAGCAACACUAAUUUUGCUAAAGCUUUUCCUUUUAUUUUUAAUUUCCCCCAUAGAACUCCACGGUAGAUAAUAAACCUUAAUUAACCUUUCAACAAACUACCAACAGGAGGGAGAAAGAGAGGCUGACUUUAUCUGGACGUUUCCCAUGAAAGCGCAUCAGCCUUUUUUUUUUUUGGAUUAGGGUAUCAACCUGAGUCAUAGUGAUACAAAAUGGUGAUAUGCCUCUAUAAAACAAACAUAGCUGAGGUAUCAUAAUAAAUUGUAGGGACUUGUCUGUGCCUAUUUUACAUGCAUUUGGUGAGAGUGAAAAGCAGAUUAAAACAAGGUUUUGUAAACCUCUUUGCAAUGUAGCAAGCCUCUUGUAACCUUGAGAUGUUUAAAAAAUGUGUGCAAAGACUUUUUUAAAAUACCCUUGUUUGUGUGUACAGCACACACGGAAAUUUCAAAUCGCCCCAAGGAAUGAAAAUAGCAGAGUCUCCUCCACCUUCUCUCCCAUUACAUUUAGUAGGCCAAGAUUCAUUAUUGUCAUUCUAUUAAGAGUUUCCACUCCCAUGCCAUCUGUCAUUGCCUCUCGCCUGGGUCAAGAAACUAGCAAGUUGCAAAACAUACCAGGGGAGAAGGAGGAACCGCCAUGGGUCUAAUUCUUUGGGAUCAAUACAUUGGCUGGGCUAUAUGGUGAUACUAUGGCAUCACUGGCUUCUGGAAUGUUUUUAUUGUUAAUUUCCCACCCCAUCCUUCUUUGAAGUGGCAUUAAUUAAAUGUAGGUUAAGGGGUGAGCAAGCUAGAAAAAAGUGAGAGUGUUCAGUCUAGUUUAGUAACAGGAGACAUUUCAAAACUAUGUUUACAUGAAUCUGAGUAUUGGAUCCAAUUACAGUGUCUUUGUGCUGUUUCCUAGUUUUAAUAAUGAGUAAGAAUUUAUUUUCAUGGCUGCCUUCUAAAAUUUGGUUGGCCUAUUUGCACUGCUUUAUUUCUCCAAAAUAAACUACUGAAAUAUAAUUGUGCAUUUUAUAUUUGUUUACAGAUGAUUAUUAAGUAUAUUUUGUAAAUUCUCUGAAGUCUUAGCACAAGGUAUGUCUUAUAAAAUGCAAUUCAGAUAUUGACUGUAACUAGAAUCUAACUUUAAUUCUGUACCCAAGUUGGUUGCUUGCUUCUUGAAUAUAACUGAUACUUACUGAAGAUGUCACUUUUUCAUAUUCUGUGGUUAUUCUGUAACAAGAUGGCAUUAUUACUGGCUUAAAUGAUAAAUUCUUUUGGAAUUCUCUUGGUGAUUUCUUGUCCUAUCAGAAUAUCUUGAGUCAAAGCAUUCAUAUAAUAAUUGCAAACCUGCUAAUUCUCAUGGGUUCCAGGAAGAGCAAGAAUUUGCUUUUGCAACAGAACAGUGAGCAAAUGUUCUUACCCUGCCCAGAAAAAAAUUUACCUCAGUGCAAAAUGCAUGACGUAAUAUUUCAGCUGUGAAUGGACCACAGCUCCUGAGCUCAUAUUUGAGUCUAAAGUUGUUUCCUUUCUUGAUAUUCUCCAAGGGCAGCAAUGUUUGUGUCUAUUGAGUAGCACCAGAGAAGUUACCAACAUACCCAAGCCCUAGGAGCAAUUUUGCUUCUUUUCCUAAAAAAAUUCGUACAUUUUAAGGUGAAAGAAGAAAGUAUGCAUGCAUCAGUGCAUAAUUCUGCUUUAAGGUUUUGCUUUGCUUUUCUUUGCUUUGCUUUGUUUUGCCUUGCUUUAAGAAAGCACACUCAUAUAAAUGUGGGGCAAGACUUGAGGGUCUGGUGCAUAUCUUUGGCAUCAGAAGCAACUUACCAAACUACUGUUCAUUUUUCUGUUAUGUAUCCUGUGAACACAAAUUGCAAAGAAUUCUCAGAUUAUUCAUGGAAUGUUCUGUCUCCCACAACAUGCCUAAAACAGGGCCCCACAAAAAAUCAGAUUCUUGGGUGUGUUUAUUGCAGAAGCAGGUGUUUUGUGCAUGUGUCGCAUCCUGCACACAAGGGAAUAACAAGCACUAGUAAGUACACAUUUGGAAGCAGCCCUCAAAUGUAUCUUUUGUUCGCAAAAUGCAUGCUUUACACACUUCUGCAGAACUCUUCACAUGACUGAGAAAAGCUGAGUUGUGGAAAAUCUCCUGGUGUUAUGAUUAUAAACUUAAGCUGAAACUUCAGUAGUUGACCGUGGCAACUAGUGCUUGAAACCCAAAGAAAGAGUACCUUUUAAAAAGUGCAUGAGCAUAUAAUUGUUGAAAGUUCUGAUGCUAGAUUACCUGAACUGCUGACUCCAGGAAUAGCUAGUGUUAGAGAGACUUUCAAAUUAUUAACCCCUAAUUUUUUUUUAUCUACAGUAAAGAUGCUUUUCACAUCAGGGCUCACCUUAAAUGGAUUGUGUACUGAGAAGCAGCUGCAAUGAUUUUAGCCUCAGUUCAGAUUGUUUUUAAAUAGUAUAUUUGGUUAAACUUCUAAAAAUGCUAUUCCAGUUUGUGAUGAUCAAUAAUAAAUGGAGAGAAGUACAAGUAUCAUGCACCUACUUUCUAAACAUAAGCUAGAACCAAGAAAUAAGGCUUUAGACAAGCUUUCCCCAACUUUGUGCCCUUCAGAUGUUUGGGCUAACAACUUCCAGCAUUCCAAACUGUUGUUCAUGCUGGAUGCAGUUGCUGACAUCCAAAACAUCUGGAGUGCAUAAGGUUGGGGAGGGCUGGCAAAGAUUAAUAUCACUGGGUUUUUUAGUAAUUUGGUGAAAAUAUCUCAGCUCUUAGGCUGAGUAUGUGUAGUGCUGGUUGUUUAGGCCAUUACAAAAACCAAUACACAGGACUAGGACUCUUCCUGUUUCCCAUACAUGCAUGCUAAAUCAAAAAUUUAGGGCAGAUGUGCAAGGUUUUUGCACCAUUCACUUGUAUCCUGUCCAGUGGACCAUGGUGAUCCUGCCGUCAUGCAUAAUGUCAUGGCCACAGGCAGGCUGAGAUAUUUCAAAGCACAUUGGGGCAUAAAUCCAUGUCCUGUUCAGGAAUGGCAGAUGGAUGCACUGCUAGUUUUAACCUCUGCCCUGAAAGCUAUUCUUCCUAGGGGGAAAAUGGGAGUAAUACACAGUGCUUUCAGUCCGAUCAGCACUGCUUUGUUCUCAUAGCAGAGUGCAAAAAUGAGCAAACAUUCUUCAGUCUUUUUCAGAAUCUGCUGCAACUUUGUUGUAGCCCAUUGAUGUAAAUUAUUCAUGGCACUGAGCUCUACUUUAAAUAUACAGCAAAUUAUGAAAUGGCAUGUAUGUUUAAGAAUGUACCCGAGUUGUUGCCAUUCUACUCACAGGCUUUAAAAAAAAAACAAGUCCUGUUCAUCUCGUCUUACUACAAACACCCAAUCCCUUUGAAACCCGUUAAAUGAAAAGCAUGACUUUGCCACUGAAUUCAGUGGCAUUCUCAUAUGGUUGAAAAAGGUUGUCACAAGAUUGUGGAUGCCAACAGUUGAUUACAAUUAAGGUUGUUACCGUGUUAAUGAAAGCAAUAUGGAUUUAAUUGUGUGAGUUUUAAAUUAAAUUGGAGUCUGUUUGCAGAUGAGGAAACAGAAUGCAAUAGCUCUUUAAAAAAAAAGUUUGCAUUGUUUUUCGAAGAUCCAUGCCCUGUACACAGGAGACCAUACUGUAAGAGAACAACUCCUACUUUUAAGGUGUUAUUUGCAAUUUGCUGAUGGCGUGCAGGGGGUUAGUUCUUGCUUUUUUAAAUAAUUUUUUUAUAAAAAAAAUCUACUGCCUUAUUCAUAGCUUUGGGAUCUAGCAAAAUACUUAGUUAAGCUAUUAACUAAAUAAUUAAAUCGUACAGCUCUAAUUUUAAAUUUUGGUUUUCAUCAAGAAGUCCUCCUUUCCUAAGCACUGAAUUUAUACCCAGUAUACAAUCCAUCUAGAAAACUGAAUGUUGCUAUUUCAAAGGACCGUGAGUUUCACUACUGGAACUUUUUAAAAAGUCCUCCGCAGUAAAAUGGGCAAUGCUAUCCAACACAACCCCACUUUUCCGCAUAUAUGGCUUAUCCGAAUGAAACCAGUUUCCCUUAACGUCUUCCUUUGUGGAGAGUUUUUGUUUUGUAAUGUGGUGAAGCAUUCAGUGAAGUAAAUUCUUGCCUGCAGACCAAAUUGUUGCAGUCCAGGCACAAGAACAGCAAAGAACAAUGUUAUGUGACAUCCAAAGACUACGUUUCCUUAAAGCAAAGCCUGCUUUAUGAGAGAGAAUCAUUUUUCUUCUGAUCUGCUUUUCUGUUCCAACUGGGCGUAACAGAACAUGACAUUCUUGCCAUAAACAAGUUUUGAGGGUGCCGUGUGAUUUAAUUACUGCCCUUAAAAAUGGAAUAUAUCACAAAACUCAUUCAUAAUUUCUAAUUGCUAAAGCUAGUGAAAGUGCGGUAAUGGUGGUAAUCAUGUCUUCCUUUUUGCAAGUAACCUAAGCCACGUUUACAUUUUUAUUUUUCACCUUUUGCACAAUAACUUCCUAAUAUAACAUUUCAGUGUGUUGAGAGAUGCAUGUAAUAUUUAAGCAUUUGCAAAUAUGUACAUUUUAAAAACGGUGAUUUCUAUAUUUCAGGCUAGAUUUAGCCAAUAAGAGAGAGUUCUUUAAUUUCUUGUGUAAAAGAAAGGGAAAGAAGUCAGUGCUGUAAAAAGAGAAUAUGAGAUGUAUUUUUUCCUAAUUAUUUAUUUAGCUCCAACCCCUCCACCUUUUUGAUGUUUUUAUGUGGUUCAUAGGCCUCCUUCCUAGUGUGAUACCAGUUAACAUUCCCUUAAACUGGUCUCUACCCAUCAUUCAGGGUCAUUAACCUUUUAUCUGCAGAAUCAGGAAUUGUGUUUGGGGGCUUUUUGUUUUUGUUUCUUAAGAAAUGCUUAAGAUUUAUUGUUCCCGGUUUUGUAGAGGACCAUUUUCUUGUUUCUGCUAAGUUUGCAUCAGUUCAUUAAUGUUUAUCGAUUAUCUUCUGCCAAUUUAUAUAGCGAUGGCAAGUCCGAGUGUAGUGAUUUGCUUUGGCCCUGUUCAUGAAACUACUUUGAUGAAAAACUAAAUGGUUUUGUAUUUAAUAUGUACACACACACACAUAUAUACGUAUAUAUAUGCAUAUAUGGAUGCAUAUGUAUAUAUGUAAUAAAAUAUGUGGGUUUAUAUAAAAACCAAAAAUAUUGGCUUUUUAUUUGUACUGCAUGACACAACAUCAUUCUUAAUAUGGUGCUUCUCUUCUUUUCCUAAGUCAUUCAUUUUUCAAGCUGUUCAUCCCAUUUCAUCUUAAUUUGCCAAACACCUGUGACCGACUUUUUUAACAGUAGAGUUAAAAUGCACUUAAGUAUCCUCUGUUGUUGUUUCUGUUUGCUUUCAAGUCAACGCUGUCUGUUUUCCAAAUACCUAAUUAAAAUAAAUGCCUUAUUACAACUCCUCA